UUCAUUGCCCAAAGAUACUACAGAGUUUGGCCAAGAGGUCCACUUGUUGAAGCAAGAUCACUUGAAGAUAUUGACUUGGCAUUCGAGCAACUUGAAGGAGUGUAUGCUAAGAAGGUCAAACUACCAAGUGUGGAGAAUCAGCUUUCCAGUGACAAAUCUGAAGAACAUGUUGCUAAUUCAGACUUUCAAGUUGAUGAAGCUAGAUCUCAGGAUGAUGCCCGUAUGAAUCUAGAGGAAAUAUCAGAAGGUACUCAAAAGGAGCUGCCGAAGGUUUUAAACAUGAAGGAUGAACCAGCGGACAUAGAAGUGAAAAAAGUUGGCUCGGCCAAGAUGAUCGAAUCGUGUGAUGUAGGAUCUGAUGCUGAUGAACCGAACAAAACUUGUGGUUGAAACAGAACAUGCUCCGACAAGCAGCUCCAACAUUCACCAUACGAGAUCAAGUUCCGGUUCCAGUUCUAGUUCCACCUCAGGUGAUUCUGAUUGAUGCUGAAAUUACACUUAUGAUCAGGAAGAAGUGUUACGGCCCUUUUUUAUCCCACUGCAGUGAUGAGCGCUUGGGUUUCUGACUUCGUUACCAUCAUCCCUUGUCUAAUGGUAGUCAUAUUUCUCUAAUUUUUUUUUUUGGAAGGAUUGGUUUCUUCAAGAAUGAGUUUUGAUUUGAUUUCUUGAAAUGUGGGGUUUCUUUUUGUUCAGUUUUCCCCGUUGAGUGUGAGCAGUCUUAUUGAGGCAUAUAGACUGCCGCCUUAUUUCCAACAGUUGCAAUGUGUAAAAAAAUUGCCGUACAUUAUACAUUGAUUUGUAGAAAUGGUGUUUGGAUUUUGUUUCUCUUCAUAUAACAGAAUUUGUUUUUGUGGUCUUUGUUC